AUUGUUAACGUCUAUUCUCCAGGUAAUGUCUCUGUGUAUUGAUAGGUAUAUUGGUAAUGUCUAUUCUCCAGGUAAUGUCUCUGUGUAUUGAUAGGUAUAUUGGUAAUGUCUCCAGGUAAUGUCUCUGUGUAUUGAUAGGUAUAUUGUAUAUUCUCCAGGUAAUGUCUCUGUGUAUUGAUAGGUAUAUUGGUAACGUGUUCUCCAUAGGCAUAUCAAAGGCUUGUGAGCAGAACCUGAGGAAGACCUAUCGGUACGGAGGACGCAUCAUUCCUCCCAGCAGCAUGGAACUGAAAGCUACGGUGGCGGGGAGGAGCUCCAAGCGACAACUGUUCCUGUUCCCAGGAGGCAUCGAACGACACCUGAAGAUCAAGACGUGCUCUGUGGCGCUGGACGUGAUAGAGGAGCUGUGUUACGAGAUGGGUCUACACAGACUGGAGGCCGUUGACGAGUACGCUGUCUUCCUGGUCACGAAAAGAGGUGAGAAUGUCCGUCCCCUCAAUAAGAGGGAGUACAUCCUGGACAUUGCUACGGAGGCGGAGCCAAUGGACAGUAACUACAGCCUGUGGUUCAGGAGGGUCAUCUGGACACAGACGCUCAAAUUUGACAACGAGCUCUGUGUCACCAUGCAUUAUAACCAGGUGCUUCCAGACUACCGUAAGGGCUUGAUGAACAUCCUGCCCAGAGGUAAAGUCUCUGAACAGCUGUUCCUCCAGAUCUCUAAACUAUCAGCUCUACAACACAGAGCCAAGGACAUGACGUUCAUACCCAGCAUGUAA